UUUUCACAAACGCAAUUUGCAUUAAAAAAAAAACAUGAUUCAAGUAAUAAUUAGCAAUUAAAGAACCACAUCAUGUUCAGUCUUUACUGACCAGAAAUACUAAGCAACAUUAAUCUUCACUAAUACGCUCCACCCAACUUCUUCUGUACAUGACUGGGCUGUGUGCAAACAAACAGGGUCAUUGGUGAAGUCCUUUUUGACUUCAGACCUGCCAAUAUCAAAUUCAAACACACAGCCGCACUGCUGAGGAGAGGCUGAUAGCUUUUGAAUCUUGAAUUUUUUGUCUUUUUUUCUGUCCCCAGCCAGCAGAGAAAAGACAGCAGCAUGGCAGCCACUCUCUGUCAAGUAAUGGGCUUGCUUUUGAGUUUGUUAGGGGUGGCAGGAAUAAUCGCAGCGACGGGGAUGGACCAGUGGGCAACCGAAGACCUCUUUGAUAACCCUGUGACGGCCAUUUUCUCCUACUCAGGCCUGUGGAAUUCAUGCGUCCGCCAGAGCUCCGGCUUCACAGAGUGCCGACCGUAUUUCACCAUUCUGGGACUGCCAGCUCUGCUCCAAGCAGUGCGGGCCCUGAUGAUUGUUGGUAUUGUUCUCGGAGCCAUCGGCUGCCUGAUCGGCAUCUUUUCAAUGAAGUGCUUGAAAAUGGGGAACAUGGAGGACAACAUCAAAGCCACAAUGACUCUGACUUCUGGAAUCAUGUUUCUUCUUGCAGGUGUGUGUGGCAUUGCUGGGGUGUCGGCCUUUGCUAACUUGAUUGUGCAAAGUUUUCGGUUCACAACCUUCGCCGAUGGUGGGUUCAGCUCGUUUGGAGGAGCGGGUAUUGGUGGACUCUCAGGAAAUCUGACUCCAAGGUACACUUUUGGCCCUGCUCUUUUCGUGGGCUGGAUCGGCGGAGCUAUCUUGGUCGUUGGAGGCGUCAUGAUGUGUCUGGCCUGCCGUGGAAUGACUCCAGAUAGAAACACAGCGUACGACGGGAUGGCCUACAAAGCUGCUUCUCACCACACUAUCUACAAGUCGGACACCAGACCCCGUCCAGCCAUCAAUGACUCCUACAAGGCUCAGAGUAUGGAGGGAAGGCAGUCCAACCAGAGAUUUGACUACGUGUAGAAUCAUUUCACUCCUAUAGAUACCUCUCUUUUAUAUUCUGCUGCUCUGUGAUGAUGUUUUUCCCUUGUCUUUGUCCCUUGUUUUCUUAUUUCUCUCUACUAUAAUUUGGCUGAACUGCAGAACAUUUAAGGUAUUUUUUUAUUGUGUUUUUAAUAACAUCAUAUAAUCCUGUCACAUGCUGUUUUGUGAUUUGUUUUGUGACAUUUUUGACACAUGUGACACAAAAUAAAGAUCAUGACAGACUAAUUGCAAACCUGGAGCCGUUUGUGCUAGCUUUUUGUACUGUAGGUUUAAAUGUAGCCAAGUGUUAACUAAGUGGAGAUUUAUACAUCACAAAAUUAACAAGAUUCCCACCACACAAACUAUUUCUCAUCUAGAGAUUAGUUGUUACUAAAUAUUAGGCCCAGUAACUGCCAGGUGUGGCUGUUGCGUAGCUAACUGAACCAACAACUAAAUGAACGUUAGCUUGCUAAUAUAGCACCCAUUUAAGUGGAAAAGUGGUAAUACAAAUAAUAUGGUCAAUACAUCCUACCUGCAUUUGAUCAAAAUGCUAUUUAAUAAUGAUGUAAACUUUUGUGAAAAUACAUUUUACAAAAAUGAACCCAACAUA